CGGGGCGGCUCGAAGCGCGCGUCAGUUGAAAGAAAGAUGCUGUGCGACAAGGUAGUUAGCGUGUUUGUUCUUUGUUUGGCAGUUCUCGUGAACGGGAUGCCUCAAAACAACGAAAACGGCAACCAGGACGCAUCCGCUGCGCCUCCACUGAUUCAAUUCACCAAUGGCGGAAUCAGGUUCAAUUUAGGGGGCUAUCAUGCCGAGGCAGGUCUAGGUGGUCUUUUGACUGGUUCUAAAACAGGGGGUGGACUUCACGCGAGCGCUGGAACACCUUGGGGUGCUCAGGCGGGGGCUGGCCUGGGUGGAUUACUCGGUGGCGACAAUGGAAACGCUGGGGGUGGUCUCUACGCGAGAGCUGGUCUCGGAAACGGAAGGCCUCAAGCUGCAGCCGGGUUGGGAGGGAUGUUGGACGGAAGUGCAAGGUCGAAUCGCGCAAGGGGUGGACUUUUCGCGGGUGCAACCACCGGUGUUCGAGGGGUUGGAGUUGCAGCUGGAACAGGAAACGACGGACCAAGCGGUGUACCACCCAGCCCAGGAUCUGGCUAUCCAGAACCUAGCAAUCCAGGACCUAGCAACGCAGGAGUCAGCGGAGGAGGACGCACGAACAUUCAAAUCAUCGCAAAGAAGCCAGGGAAUCUAAAACAGGCACCGAACGAUGCUAACAACGCGGGACCACCGGAGAAGGACCAGCCUUCGAACAAAGAGAUUCGAGAAGCAGGACCACAGCCACUGCCUAUUGCUAAAGCGGGCAUCUACGGUACGAUUUCCGUGAGUCCUGUUCCUCAGACCCUGGUGCCUCAACAGGUGGAUCAGGUGAAGGUUAUUGAAACGAUCGAACCUGCUCCCCCUGCACCCCCGCUGACCAGCGAGGUCAACGAAAUUGUGCAAGUUGUCAAUCGUCCCCAACGAGUGAGGGUUGUGUACCCCAAGUGGAUCGUCAGGAAGAGACUGUGGGGACCCAGGAAGCAAAUAAUCUACGACGCCUCGGCGGAGGCGCAAAAUCCACCCGAGCAAAUUGCUCAAAAAAUAACGCGUCGUCAAGCGGACAGAUACGUGGUGAACACGCCCACGACGGAAACAAAGACUGUGGUAGCACAGGGCUCCAGCAGCGACGGAUUCUUCGACGACGUCUUCAACAUACCAGUAUCGACGCUCAACGCUGUCAACCAGCUAUUGAACAACAAUUUCGGUUGACACGCGCGUGUGUCUUGUACGUAAAUUUAUGGUAAUGGAGUUAUUAUACGCCGUGGUGAUCGAAAUUACUUCGUGUACAAUUCUACGAGAAAUUUUUAAAUAAACCUUCUAACUUAA